AUCAGCUGCAACAACCAAAUUUUCUUUUUGUGCAUUUUUGCAGUGUAGUUUUCCAUUUUUGCUUGAGACCAGAAAUAUUCAGCUUUUCUGAGACUUAUACAGAUAGUGGCUGCACCUGCUCAUAGUCGCACUCCCUGCUCACGUUACCAGCAACUACUGCAACAACUACAGCAUGGUGCUCAACUGCACAGAGAUUGAUGAUGUGCUGGAGAGGUACUACCUGUCACCCUUUUAUGGCAUUGAGUUCUGCAUUGGUUUCCCUGGCAACCUUUUGGUUGUACUUGGUUACAUAUUUUGUUUGCCAGAGUGGCAGAGCUGCAAUAUUUACCUCUUCAGCCUGGCGGUCUCUGACCUCAUUUUCCUCUGCACACUGCCACGCCUCUCCUACCUCUAUGCAAAUGACCAAUCAGAGACCAGUUCCGCUGCUUGCAUUAUCAACCGCUACGUACUGCAUGUCAAUCUUUACUCUUCCAUCCUGUUUAUGGUCUGGCUUAGCAUGGACCGCUUCCUGCUCAUAAAACAUCCAACACGGAACCACUGUCUGCUGAGGAACCGGACAGCCCUGAUUGUGACAGGGCUGAGCUGGGUAGCUGUCAAUGUGGAAGUAGCUCCAAUGAUAUCACUGAUGGUCCAUGACCUAAAGAGCAGGAACUGGAGUCACUGCAAGGAUUUUGGCAGCCUGGAAGGAGACAUCAGUGUAUUGGGCUACAGCCUCGGGCUAACCCUGACUGGUUACAUUCUCCCUCUGCUUGGACUUUGUGGUUUCUCCUACCAAAUUGCACACCUGCUGCGUGUCCAGGAAAGGGCUGUACAGCGCAGGAACGUAUCGUUCAAGCGGCCUCUUAAGGUUGUUGCAUCGGCUGCAGUCAUGUUUCUGGUUCUAUACACCCCCUACCAUGUGCUGAGAAAUGUCAGAGUAGCAUCUCGGCAGCCCUGGGCAGGGCUGCAGCCGUGCACAAGGAUGUACAUAGAGGGCUUGUACAUUAUAACCCGACCUCUGGCCUUCUUACACAGUGUCAUCAACCCUGUCUUCUACUUCUUCAUGGGUGACAAGUUCAGAGAACUCCUGUUGGCUAAGGUUAGAAUACUGGUUAGAAAGACUGAGCGGCAAAGAGAGCCAGCCUGACAAAAGUCAAUGCAGGGUCCCUACAUGUGAAGCACACAUCUAUAUAGCACAUCCAAACAUGUGAAUGAGCUCCAUCUUUACGUGUUUUUUAUUUAAUGUUUUGAGCUUACCUGUAUUCAUGUUAUUUUUUCAUAAUUGCCAUCCCUAAACAUACUGUCAAAUUGUAGCAUUAUUAAUAUUGAAAGACAUCUUUGGUGUCAGCAGAACAUAUUUGUCAUGCUCUUAUCUAUAAGAUAUGAGGAUACUUUGUGGCGGUGACCAUAUUCACACAGAUUACAAGAUUAUAAGUGAUAGAAACAUGUCAAGAUACCCAUAAAGAGGCAAAGUUAUCUUUCAUGUUGACAAGGUAAAGUCACGUAAAGCCAGAGCCUGUUGCUAUUUUUACAAUAACCUUUUGUUAAAGCAUCAGUAUGUAUGUGUAGAUAGGUUGCUGUUAUUUGUUGAAAAAGCAGUUAUUUAUAUUUGUUGUCAGAUAAACUGGAGGCUCAUGUCUUGUCAUUUGUACCACUGUUUUUGGGAUGUUUGUGUAUUUAA